AGUAAGAAUAAUUAGAUACAUCGAAGGCAAAAUGAUUUCGGUGGAGGAAAUUCGAAAGGCUCAACGUGCUCAAGGUACAGCCACAAUCUUGGCAAUUGGAACAGCAAAUCCUCCACAUUACUUUGAACAAAGCAAAUUUCCCGAUACUUAUUUCCGCAUGACCCAUGAUGACCACAUGAUCGAACUUAAAAAGAAAAUGCAACGCAUGUGUGAUAAAACUAUGAUAAGAAAGCGACACAUGUAUGUCAAUGAAGAGUUUGUAGAAGAAAACCCAAUUAUACGUGAACAUAAUGCGCCUUCAUUGGAUAUUAGACAAGAUAUAUCAGCUGUAUUAAUAUCACAGUUAGGCAAAGAAGCUGCUGAGAAGGCCAUUACAGAAUGGGGUCAACCAAAGUCCAAAAUCACUCACUUAAUUUGUUGUACCACUAUGUCUGCAUUCUUGCCAGGGAUUGAUUACCGAAUUCUCAAGCUCUUGGACCUUGAUCUAUCUGUUAAGCGAUUGAUGUUAUAUCAACAAGGUUGUAAUGGGGGUGGCACUGUAUUACGAAUGGCCAAGGACCUAGUUGAGAACAAUAAAGGUGCACGUGUCUUGAUUGUGGUCUCCGAGGUAACCUUGAUUGGCUUGCGUGGCUUUAGUGAAACUGACAUAGAUGUACUUGUGAGCCAUUCCUUAUUUGGUGAUGGGGCAGCUGCUCUUGUAGUUGGUGCAGAUCCAAUCUCUGGUGUUGAGAAACCUAUCUUCGAAUUGAUUUCUACAUCCCCAACAAUAGUGCCUGAUAGCCCUGGGGCUAUUACUGGAAGUAUUCGUGAAAGUGGACUAAUCAUUCAUAUUGGGAAAGAAGUUCCAGGACUUGUUGCAAGCCACAUCGAGAAAAAGUUGGUUGAUUUAUUCCAACCUUUGGGUAUCUCUGAUUGGAACUCAAUAUUUUGGGCUGUACACCCUGGUGGGCCUGCAAUUUUGGAUCAAAUUGAGGCCACACUAGGACUUAAGCAUGAAAAGCUGCUUGCAACAAGACAUGUGCUCGCGGAGUAUGGUAAUAUGUCAAGUGUAACUGUCUUGUUCGCUUUAGAUGAGAUAAGGAAAAGGUCAAUUGAAAAUGGGCUUAAAACCACCGGAGAUGGGUUGGAAUGGGGAGUACUUUUUGGAUUUGGUCCUGGGCUUACAAUUGAAAGUUUGGUUCUCCACAGUUGCGAUGUAUGAGCCUUAAUAGCUCCACUAAAGCUGGAUAUCAUUAAAGAUUAAGCCUUGGAUAACCUACAAAGUUAAGACUGUUUAAUGUUUCUACGUUUUCAUAUGUUGGGUCUAUUGAUCUUAAAGUUUAUUGUGUGUGUGAGUGAGAGUGUGUGAAAGUAAUAAUAUUCCGAAAUCAAAUUGUACUCCUGAAUUUUAAUUAAUAAAAUUAU